UAAUUUAAACGACAGCUUUCGAUGUCUUUGAUGCAAGACAUAUAAUACUUAUUUCUUUAUCAUCAACCUUAUGCAACGUGUCAACUAACAUAUUUCCAUUAUCAUUUUAAAAAUCCGAAACAGUUUAUUUUUAGGUGCGACCCCUUUCACGUGGAAUGCCCCGUAUAUAGAAUUACUUUCGAUCGAAAAUGAAAAAUAACGCGUUGAUAUCGUCAUUUGACCGUAGAUAUUUAAGGAUAAUUUCAUCCACUGUGACUUGCAUCCGGGCAACAUUCUAGUGGAAAAAGCGGUCGUCCCGAAGGCGAGCCUGUUCAACACCUUUCGGCGGGUCAUUACCCUCGAUUACGUGGCGCACGACCCACGCCUGAUCAUACUGGACUGCGGCCUAGUGGUAUCUCUGAAUGAUCGCUGCCGACAAAAUCUCCGAGACGUUUUUUACUCGGUGCUAAUGGGAAACGGCGAAAUGGCGGCGCAGUACAUUCUGGAGCACAGUUCGCACAUGACCCCCGACCCGGACGGCUUCAAAUGCUCCAUGAGAAACAUCAUCAAGUCUCACCUUUGCAAUCCGUUUAACGUAAACGUAAGUACCGUUGUGUCGGAAUUAUUCUCCGCGAUGGUCCGUCACCGAGUCAAGCAGGACGGAUCCUUCAGCAGCGUGAUUCUCAGCAUGCUGGUGAUCGAGGGCCUCGGCCGAUGCCUGGAUCCCAACGUCGAUAUUUUCACGGAACUCCUGCCCUACGUGCUCAGCAGCGCCAUAUAACAACGAAUAAAGACGAGGCUGUGCGCGAACGAGAGUUAAGUUCCUCCGGAAUGUCAUUUCUACAACAUUUCUACUUUUUUUUAUCAUUUGAUACCGUGUCUCUCGUAACAAUAAAACGAUCGUUUGCAUUUAAUUGUGAAGAAUGCGUUAUGUAUGUUCUCGUUGUCUCGUAACGCGUUAAACACGCUACAUGCCCAAUAAACGUUAUUCUCGUUGCGCAGUUUAAAUCGAGGGAAUAAGGUAUGGUUCCGGGCUCGGGCGAAUUCCAGCUUUAAUAACGCGGCGGUCAGAGACGAUGAUGCGCGCCUUUGCGCGAGAGAGAAAGAGAGGGAAAAAAAGGGGGCGAGGGAGCGAGGAAGGGAAAAUGGAGAGAGGAUUCCCAUUUUUAAAACGAACCACCGCGCCGUGUAAUCGCAUCCGACAGAAUUCCGGCGAGUUGUGCGUGAUCGCUUCCUGGUUGGUCAGCCGGGUCUCUUUGCCGCACGGCGCGGCGCAGUCGGGGCGUACUGCAUACGUGCACGCGCAUACAUGCACCUGUGCCCGUACCCUCCUUGCAUCCGCACACACCGAAUUACGUGCGUGGAUUUACCGUUCGGUGAUGGAUGAGAAGCGGACUAUUAAUCGAAAUUCGUUGAAUCACUUCCUUCCUUUCUUUCUUUCUUUCUUUCUUUCUUUUCACAAAAACCGCAAGUGGUUGAUCGAGUUACAAAUACGCGGAGCUAAGUCGGUAGAUUCGUGUCGACAUACCGCCUCGAAGACUUUUUAAGGAACGUUGACUCCGCGUAUUCAGCCAAAUAUCGAUAUCGUGUCUCGCGUUAGAUUCACGCACGCUAUAGCAGUUUAUUAACGAAACAAACAAAUAAGAGAGAAAAUCUUUUUACAUAGAGGAAGUAAAGAAAUAAAAAUAAAUAAAUGCUAUCUUUUAUUUUCUCAUUCUUUUUCACUUUAUAUUUUACUUUAUUUAUGCAUCUUCCAGUGUUGUUCACCUUUUACUUCAUUUUUUAUUCAUUUAUUCUUCGCUGUUUCUUCAUCUUAUUUUAGUUUAUUUUCCUUCGAAGGUCGAAGAUGAGAACUUGAUUACGCGAUAUGGUAAUGUAUAUACAUAUAAUCGCUUGUUAUUUUGGGAAUCUUGGCUCUUCGCUUGGUAAAUUCUAUUUUUAGAUUCACUCCAUAAUUAUGCUUGAGAAAAAGAGAUAUAAAAGGAAAAAAAAAUUCUUAAAAAAUUCGCCGGAUCUAUUUGUCAAAUUUAUCAAAUAAUCUCGCGUGUUCUCUCUCUCUCUCUCUCUCUCUCUCUCUCUCUCUCUCGAAAAUGUGGCGAUAGAAAGAUGCGUUGCUGUUCACACGUUUACAGGCGAAUAAUUAAAAUUCCAAGAGACAAAGUACGAGAAAGUAAAUGUGAUUUGUCGCGACAGCGGAAGGCCGAGCGAAGGUUAGAUUUGGUCCAAUUAGUUGCGCGAUCAUCUUUAAGAAAUAAACCAACCGCUUUUAUAGUACGGUCGGCUUUCUGUCUCCCUUUCACACGUCACCUGCAGGGCAAAUCCCGGACCUACGUCGUUUUUCGUAAAAGAAAUAGGUUUCCUUCUGCCCUGUGGGACUCAAAACGGAACGUGAUAAUUAGGCGCAGUUAAGCAACGCACACAGGGCCAACUUCGAAAACCAGUUUUUUUUUAGCAACAGGCCGUCUCUUUAGCAACAGAGUUCAGACAGACUUCACGUCUCACAUCCUGUAUACAGCGGAAUACAAUGUCAAGAAAAAGAAAGAAAAAAAAGAUAUUCGGUGAACGUGUCUCGAGAAUUUUUGGAAUAUCCUUAUUUUGGAAUAUCCUUAUUGUUACUCGGAAUAAAUUAUUACUCGCCGAGCCGCGUCGGGUUCACCGCCGAAAUAUCGUGAAUGACGUUUUUGUGGCGGUUUUUUUUAGAUAUCGCGUCGAACGUCUACAUAAAAUAUCGCGUGUCACACGGGAGAUUCUCUCUCGGGAAGAAUCUUCGCUUCGCGUCGCGACUUUUUCGGGACGCCGAAUUGUGAACGGCGAAGUCACGUUUUCGCUGCUUCACGUGAGACACGCACGCCUGCCUCUGUCGUGGUUUAUUUAUGCGUGCGAUUAUUUCGCGCCGUAGGAACAGAUGUUUGCGCGUAUAUAGGGUGUGCCGAACCUACCACCGAGGAGUGUUUUCUCGGCUGACGCUGAGAGUGAUGGAAAAACUGAAAAAAAGGAAAACGGCAAUCGUCUCGGUCUCUUCGCUAAUAGAUCUUAAAUAAUUGAUCUUUCCGAUUAACGCGCAACUUAUUGUAACUAUAUCGUUACGCUAAUAUUAAAAUAAUCAUUAAUUCAAGUAAGUAAAAUUUACUUGUAAUUCGUAAUACAAGUUACUUUCAUUGAGAACAUAUAUUUUUGUAUUUAUUUACAAGUAAAUUUAGUUUUAAAGUUUACCCGACAGUCAAGUUAUAGAUAUUUUUUUUAUAAUUUGAUACAUCGGUACAGGUAUUUCGCGUUUGUCAAUUCCGUAAACAUGAGCGCAAUUUUAUCUUGCGCGAAGGAAACAUUUUAUUUUUCUCUCAAAGGUCUUCUCUUAAUUCAAACGGACGUUAUCCCUUAUCUAUCAAGGGAUUAAUAUAGCGUUCUGUAAAAUUAAACUUCUAAGUAAAAACGCAUUAUUCCAUUAGCAAACUCUGUAGUGUGUAACGUUCUCGCUAUGGCUGUCGCGCUAUAGCCGGUCGCUCUAUAAAACAUCCGACAUUUGUCAAUUUUUCUGUCUCCUCCAAAAGAUUCCUCUAGCUUUGCACGCACGCUUAAGGCCAAAAGCAUUAGAUGCUUCGUUGAAUUUAUAAAUGUAAAAUUAGAAAUUUGCCCAAAUUAUUACAUAGGAUUAUACGAGUUAUUUUAGCGACAGGAUCGAUGCGCCUUUUAUCUAGCAGCCUCACUAUAAUUGCGUGAGCUAGCUAACGGUACAGCGCUCAUAAAUUAUCAUUAGCGUUGGGAAAGAAUUUGCGCAUCGUUUUUCUUAACGCGAACGUGACCCCGCGUUAGGCUUCAGGACUAAAUUUAUGUAUUGUAAAUUUCAAAGGGAAUACAUCACGGCACAUAUUAUGGAUUCUGGAAUUAUUCCGUUUUCUCUAGAAAACAUAACAGCAAUCUGAAUAAUAAUUUAAAUAAUUUGAAUCGGAAUCCAUUCCGAAAAGUUCCACGAUACAUGCCCAGGUAAUAUUUAACGAAUAACGAGAUGAUUUAAAAAGGGGCGUUAACGGGAAGGCAGGGGGUUAAUUAAAUCCGCAAUUGCAAAACUUCCCCGGUCGGUUGGGUCGAAUUGACGUUUAAAAAGGAGGUCGCGCUAGAUCGUAGAAAACGAUUGUGUCGCUUAUUAAUAUCACUGGUUAUUUUGCGCGUUCUGCGGCGCAUUUUUGUACCUACUUAUGGAAACUUAGCUCCGGCCAGACAUACGCAAUCGGAGAAACACGACCAACGCGCGUUCCAUACUUCGAGAUUUAUAGAACCAACGCAUGCCCGCUUGUUAAUAAUAAUAAUUUAAACUGGAACGCGUUUAGAUUCGGUAGGGGACCUAUUCCAAAAAAUAAAAAAUAAAAACUUUGUUCUUGUCGAUUUGAGAACACUCGUAGAAAAUAAGAAUGUCUAUGGCGAUUGUGCAGAUUAAACGCUUGACAAUCACACACGUUCGCAACGCGCGUUUAAUAAUAAAUAUAUGUUACAAUUUAUACGUAAUAAUUACAAUAAAAAUGAAAUAGUUGAGAGAGAGAGAGAGAUUGAUUGAUUGAUUAAGUGUUUAUUGAAAUUCUAAGGCUGCCCUCUAAGAAUUUAGGAACGACAAGAUAAUUUAGUAACAAAAUCAGAUAACAUAUAUAU